AUGCGGCAACUGUGGCAGAUGCGUUCCGUCAAAGAGGAAGAAAGAUCGGCCAAUAAAUUAAGGAACAUCAAAGACUCUGCAAGAACAUGUAUUCGGAAAGAUCCAAAAAAGCGGAACACAAUGCACGAACGGGAGACGAAAUCUACCGAAAGGCUGGCUGCAUUUGGUGAAAAUAUGAGAAAACGCAAGAUCCGAGAGGCCAUCGAAAUACUGACGGAGAGAAAUAUAAUGAACAGGAGACUUGAAGAAGGCAGGAUCAGCGAAAACUUCGCAUUUGCCUAA